AUGCGUGAAGUAGCAUAUUACUGUAUUAUAGAUGCACUGCACUGUCAAGAGCUUUUGGUAAACCAAAGUAUAAUAAAUGAUUAUAGAAAAGUUGUCUUUAUAGCUUAUGUUUCUCUUUUCGACACACACUAUCGCACAAAUGGAAUGAAGGUACAGAACUUUUUUAAAGCAUAUGCUGUCAAACGAGAUAUAGUAAUAAGUACAUGGGUUCCUGAAAAUAUAGAAAAAGGAAAAUAUCCUGAUGCGUACGUAUUUCCACCUAAAAAAGGGAUUAAAAGUAGAAGACCUAUAACGGGAUUGGAUUUCGCUUUAUUAUAUUUCAAAAAGAAAGGUCUAUAUCUGACAGUGUUGAAGGAUUUAUUUAACAAGAGGUUGGAACUUAAAGCACGUCUAGCCAGUGAUAUACAUUUUCAAUAUCCCAAAUAUUUUGAGAUUGUCUCACACUAUGUCCCAAAAUGUCUUACAUUAAGUCCUAGUAUUCCAGGAAAGAAAAAGCAACAUCUUAAAAAGAUGAUAAGUUCAGCUAAAGAAAGUGGUAAAAGGAUACCAGAAAGGUUAAAUUUAAAAUAUUCAUCUGUAUGCUUUGAUUAUGAUUAUUGGGAUUCAAAGCAAAAAGCUUUGAAGGAUAUGAACACUUUUUAUAGGGAAGCUAAAAACUUACUAUCUCCAAUUUUUCUUCACAGAUUAGCCUGUAGAACUACUAUAGCAGGAAAAUACAUCCUUAAUCUUGUUGCUGAAUUCGUAUCAAAGAAAGCUUUCUCCAGAGAAGAACUUUCCAAAGAAACAUAUUGGACUGAAAUGGUCAAAAUUACUAUGGAUAUGAUAAGAAAGUUGUGCAAUCAAAGAGAAGAUAAUGAGAGAGGCUAUGGAUAUAAAUAUAUACGUCCAAUUCACAUAAUUGUUAAAGAUACUCUUAGAGAAGCAGAAAACAAGAAAUGGAAUUUCAAUGAAUUUAUUAUAAUAGGAACAUGGAGUACCAAGAAAGAAAAUCUUUGUAAUAAUCACUUUAUGAAACGUAUGAGAGAGAGAAAUAAAAGGAUUCUUGAUCCUAGUGAACAGUUUAGCUAUGUUGUUAUGAAGGGUCCCUGUCUUCGUAAUGAAAAAGGCAGGUUAAUACUAUAUAGAAUUGGAAAUUAUAUGAAGUAUCUAUAG